AUGGACUUAGAAAACUAUACCAGCGUGACAGAGUUUGUCUUCUUGGAACUUACCCAGUUUCAGGAGCUGGAAACUUUCUUGUUUGUGGCAUUCCUUGCUGUGUACAUAACGAUGGUGCUGGGGAAUGUACUCAUUGUGGUCACUGUCACCUGUGAGUCUCGACUUCACACACCUAUGUACUUCCUCCUCCGGAACAAGUCCGUACUGGAUAUUGUUUUCUCCUCCAUUACAGUCCCUAAGUUUUUGGUGGACCUCCUGUCAGAGAGAAAAGCCAUCUCUUACAAUGGAUGCAUGACCCAGAUAUUUUUCUUCCAUUUUGCUGGUGGGGCAGACAUUUUUUUCCUCUCAGUGAUGGCUUAUGACAGAUACCUUGCAAUCUCAAAGCCACUCCACUAUGUCUCCAUCAUGAGAAAGGAAGUAUGGGUUGGAUUGAUUUUGGCUUCAUGGGUAGGGGGUGGUUUGCAUUCGAUCGUCCAGAUCAUUCUGAUUCUCCCCCUUCACUUCUGUGGCCCUAAUGUCCUGGAUGCUUUCUACUGUGAUGUACCUCAGGUGGUGAAACUUGCUUGCUCAGACACUUUUGCCCUUGAGUUGCUGUUAAUCUCCAACAAUGGCCUGGUGACCUUACUGUGGUUCCUACUGCUUCUGGGGUCCUACACAGCUAUCUUGGUGAUGCUUAGAGCACAAACAGGGGAAGGCAGAACCAAAGUCCUCUCCACCUGUACCUCUCAUAUCAUAGUGGUGACACUGCACUUUGUACCCUGUGUUUACAUCUAUUGCAGGCCCUUUACCACCCUGCCCAUGGAUACAGCUGUGUCAAUCAACAAUACUGUCAUUACCCCCAUGCUCAAUCCCAUUAUCUACACCCUGAGGAACCAGGAAAUGAAGUUAGCUAUGAGGAGAUUGAGAAAACGACUUGUGUCUACUGAAAGUAAUUAA